UAUGGGAUGCUAAUUUUCAACAGAAAAUACUCCCAGUUCGACCAAAAGUUCAAAUUCUGAGAACAGUGCGUGCUGAAAAGGAAAAGGAUAUCCCUGUCCAACAUGAUGAGGAGGUCCUUAUGACUAUCGGAGAAAGAACAUGCGCGUGUAACGGAAGGGAAAUCAAAAACAAAUAUACCAAUGAAGAAUGGGAUUCUAGAGAAGAGGAGAGAAGACACAGUUUGGCACGGUAUGAAAGAAGACAAAUCUGCAUCAAAGACCUGUACAACUAUGUGGACGGAAACUCGCCUAUCAGUUAUCCUGCCUCUGGUCUUUACGUAAGACCUCUUCGGGCAAUUGUAAUCAAAGGAUUACGAAUUGAAUGGUACUAUUUUCAAGAGGAUUAUACUGAUGUUGAGCAAAAGGUGCAGUUUUCAGCGGAAAAAGGGAUUUUUACCUUACUCGCCACGUACAACCAUGUACAUGUUAAUGGGAAAGGAACCAAGCACAUGACUAUCAAGGCGGCAACUAUUCCUCUUCUUAAUCUUCAACUCCGGCAAAUAGUAUAUCACAAUACUGAGUUUGAUACCAACGUGUUUGACAAAGUUUGCCUACGUUACCUGGAAUUUCACGCAACUAUCCCAAUACACAUUCAGCAUCGACAGGUACCAUGGCUAUACAGAAAAGGUAAAGGAACUUUUCAGGAAAGAGUUACCGUGGUUGUUAAAACUUUUUCAAGAUACCAUAAAGUUAGGUAUCUCAUUGACUCAAUUAACAAGUUCUAUCCGGGGACAAAAAUCAUCCUUGCUGACGACACACCCAAUAAUACUAUGGUGACUUUCCUGGAUGAGAAUGUUAUACAUUACAUGAUGCCUGCAUUCACGGGCUACUUCGCUGGAAGAAAUCUUGGAUUAUCCCAAGUCUCAACCGAGUACUUUCUCUACAUGGAUGAUGACCAAUACUUUACAACAGGAACAAAAUUGGAAAUCUUGGUGUCUCUUCUUGACAAGACUGAUUAUCAUUUGGUUAGCGGGUCGUUUAAAGGAGGAAAACAUCAAGUAUACACCUUGCGGGUACUUGGGAAUGACACUUACAGUUGUUUUGAGAAGAAACCAGAACAUUAUCAAGAAAUCAAGAAUUUCCCAGGCUGUUACGCUACGGACCAUGCGCCAAAUUUCUUCCUUGCGUCUACCAAUGAAGUUAAGGCUGUUGGAUUUGAUCCUCACCCAGCUCUCUCCCGCGUCGGACACUACGCUUUUUUCCUGUCUUCCCUCGGAAGGCUCCGCAUUGCAGUCUGUACAUCCGUUGAAUUUGGGCACAAUAAUUCUCGUUCAAAGGAGGAUUCGUAUUAUGGGAUGUUUCGAAAGCCAGGGCAGAAAUAUUACGAGAUGAGAAGGACAAGGAAGACGGGUAGACCGCAGUUGUCCUGGAAGAGAGGUGUCAGAAAGGACCUAACAGCAGCCAACACCUCGUGGCACGAGGACCGACGUUCCAAACUGAAGCUGCCCACAUCCCUGCCGCCCAACGCCGUGGUGGCGCCGACUGCUAGCCGGUUGCGCGAGAACUUCGCUGCGGCCUCGUUUCUGACCGGACGUUAA